AUGGGCAUCAUUGGGUACCACAUGGGCAUCACUGGGAAUCACAUGGGCAUCACUGGGUGCUGCCAAGCCCACGACUGCUGCUACAGGAGGCUGAGGGAGGGCAGCUGCAGCCCCCUGAUCACCCCGUACAGCUUCACUGCCAGCCACGGGAACAUCACCUGCAGUACCGAGCAGAGCUGGUGCCAGAGGGAGACCUGCCUGUGCGACACCGCGGUGGCCUCGUGCUUCGCCAGCUCCCUGCCCUCCUACAACCACUCCUACCGCUUCUACUUCAAGCUCAAGUGCCAAGGCAGCAAGCUCCAGUGCUGAGGAGGGCGAAUCUGCACACAGAGCUCCAGGUUUUGCUUUUCCCCAGCAAGAAAAGCUCGGGCUUGGGGCUCACUAAAGGCAGAGCCCCCGAGGCUCCCUGUGAGUGCAGCUCGGGGUGAGAAGAGCACACACACCAUGGAUGGAGAGCCACCAGUUCCUGGAAAGACACACCAGCUUCCUCUUUUGUGUCC